AACUGGUUUGUUCCAAUUUUAUACAAAUCAGCUGUUCGUAAAAUACAAGUCUUUUUUAUUUUGCAUUGUUUUCACAUGCGAGUCCAAUUGCUGCAAAAUAUUUUGACAACAUUUCGCCACGCACGUUAUCCCAUGGCAGUAUUUACUCAAGUUAUAAAUCCAUUGACAGGCUGUAAUGAAUGGGCUGUACAUGACAAUGACUAUGAUUACCAAAUGGAGUUAACAUGUACCGGCUUUGGUGAUAUGUUGCACGAUCGUGAACGCAAUCAAAAAUAUUAUGAAGCACUGCGAAAAGCCAUAGCGCGGAUGCACGCAGACGGACACGAAGUGCACGUUUUGGAUAUUGGCACUGGGACAGGCAUAUUAUCAAUGAUGGCUUUAACUGCCGGUGCUGACACGGUUACCGCGUGUGAAGCAUUUAUGCCCAUGGCGAAUUGUGCGCAGCGCAUAUUUGCGGCAAACGGAUUUAGUGACAAGGUACGUCUUGUGAAGAAACGCUCAACUGAGAUGCGUGUUGGAAAGGACAUGCCGCAAAGGGCAAACCUAUUAGUCGCCGAAUUAUUGGAUACGGAGUUAAUAGGCGAGGGAGCAAUUGGUAUAUACAACCACGCGCAUGAUGAACUGCUAACGGAUGACGUAGUUUGUAUACCUGCAAAGGCAACAUGCUAUGCACAAGUAGUGCAAUCGACACUUGCCUCUCAAUGGAAUGCUAUGAAAAUUGUUGCUGAUUUAGAUGGCAACAUACUGCUAAAACCACCCAAAGACGUACUAGAUUGUAAGGGAGAAGCGGCGGUGCAUGAUGUACAACUUUCUCAACUAAGCUUAGACCACUUCCGUCCACUCACAAAACCAUUAGAAAUAUUUGAAUUUAAUUUCAAUCAAAAGAUAAGGAGACAUACACAAAGGCAGCAUUUGUUAGAAGUGAAUGCAUUGCAACCAGGGUCAACCGAUAUCGUGUUCUAUUGGUGGGAUAUACAAAUGUAUUCUAAAGAUGAGGACACAUUAAGUUGUGCUCCAUAUUGGGCACAUCCCGAUUACAAGGAAGAAACAGAUGUUAUUCCUUGGCGAGAUCAUUGGAUGCAGGCGAUAUACUACAUCCCAAAACCAUUACAAAUAUCUAGAAGUGGUGAGAAAUUUGUGCUUAAUUGUAACCAUGACGAAUACUCCCUUUGGUUUGAUGUGCAUACCACACUGACGUCAGGGAAGAAAGAGGUACCACGCCACGCGUGUACGUGCAAUUUUCACCUUGCCUAUUCCCAUUCACGUAUUGGUCAACUAAAUCAGUCUGUGCGCAACAAAAGGUAUCUAAACUAUUUAGAAGAGAACUUAACCAAAAACUCGAAAGUUCUUUGCAUUGGGGAUAGUUGUAUUUUGGGGUUGGCUAUAGCAAAAAUGGGAGUCACUUCCGUAGUUCUAUGCGAAAAGAACUCUUUUUCGAGACGAUUCAUGAAUUCCGUUGCACAAAGCAACAACUUAGAAAACGUGGAGUUUGUCGGAAAUUUAAAUAAUCUCGAGGAAAUCAAAUUGCCACAUCUAACCCAUAUAUUUGCCGAGCCAUACUUUCUAUCCGCUAUCUUGCCAUGGGACAAUUUUCUGUUUGGUCAACUUUUGCAAAAAAUCGUGGACAAACUGUCGCCAACAGUGCAAAUAUCACCACAUUCCGCUAAAAUAUUUGCAGUUCCUGUGCAAUUCACCGACCUGCAUAAAAUACGUUCACCUGUGAAUCAAUGUGAAGGAUUCGACUUGAGCAUAUUCGACGAAAUGAUUAAGAAAGCGAGAUCAACAUUACCUGAUAGCAAAAUUGAAGCGCACCCGCUUUGGGAAUAUCCUUGCAAAGCAUUAGCUACACCUCAAGAAGUUUUACAUAUUAACUUUCAAGAUUUUAACAAUGAAUACUCCACAAACGGACUCAUCACAAUAGAAAGUGACGCCUCUUGCAAUGGCAUCGCGCUUUGGGUUGAUUGGAAUAUCGAUGGUGUUGGUAGUCCAAAGUCGUUUGUAAGCACUGGACCUGUAGAAUCAAUUGUACCAGGGAACUUUAUUAAAUGGGAUAUGUUUGUUCGACAAGGUGUGCACUUAUUUGACGAGAGUUACCCAGUGUUUAAUCGAAAGAGCAGCGUACGGUGGACAUUACUUUAUAAACCGAAAUCAAGUAAAUUUGAAUUGGAUUUUAAUGUGAAUAACCUCCCAACGAGUUAAUCGAGCAACAGUUUCACCUCAUCAAACCAACCGUGCAGGAUAG